UGGAGGUAUUUAGAAUAGCUAGACGUAUAUUCUAUCCCAAGUAUACCUAACUUUAGUUCCCAACUUCCUACCCACCCGACAAUGUCUGCCUCCGCUAUUGACGACUCCUCCAUCACUGUCUCCCCUCUCGAACGCCGCAACUCGCUCGAGAGACACCUCUUGACUCGCCCGGAUCCUCAAGAUCUCAAGGAUAGACAUAUCCUGCUGGAUACCAAUGUUGCUCCAUCCAUCCAAGCAAUGCAACAGAAACUCGAUCGCCAACGGGCCUCGGAUAACUUGAAGAAGAAUCUAGAACAAAGGCCCGACCGCGAGGAGCUUGUUGAGCGCAAUAUCCUCCAUGCUGAUAGGGAGGGACGAGAGCGAGAGCAAGAGGAUGAGGAGGAGGAGGAGGAGGAGGAGGAGGAGGUUGUGGUUCAGUGA